UUUUUAAUUUUUUUUUUCAUUUUCUAUUAUAGUUACAUUUCUUUCAAAUGUUUAAAUCUUUUAAAUUUAAUUUUUUACAUUUUUUAUAUUUUCUUCCAUACUUUUUUUAUGUUCCAUUCUCUUUUGCUCCAAGAAGACACUUAUUUCAUUCCAACAAUUAAUACGGAAGGCACAACGCCACGCAGCUAAGAGAAACUUUCUGCUUUCUUGACUGCUUUAAUGUUUUCAAAUAUUUUUCAUUUUAGGAAAAAUUGUGGAAACAUUUCAAAUAUCGUCGAGGAUCUCUUGGGAAGAUGAUAACAUUUUGUUGCUCGAGAAAAAUCCGAGGCUUGACUAAACGGUAUUUUGUCGAGGAAUCCCUCUGAUUCAUCCUCGCGAACUGGAUUCCGACGAAUAACGCGACAAUGACCGCGACCGGUUGCAGAACGACUCCGUUCUUCCAUCGUCGAUUGGUUCCCCGCGCACGGGCGAGCGAGCACGUACUUUCUCCCAGGGAAUGCGCGGCUGUAGCGGUUGUGCGUGGAACCGCGUCCCACGAAGGCCAACUCGGCUUUCUAAUCGCGUUUCCGCUCGUUUCCGCCGUGAGAGACGUCAGCGUGGCGUCCAGCGAGCUCACCGCGUUAUACCUUCCAAAUAAUCCGUCAAUCAUCUGAUUAUUCAUUUUCGUACUUGCGUGACAUUACAUCGGAUCAAUUCACCCGCGGAUUAAUUUUGACUCGCUUGAUUAUGAGCGAUGGAUCGUCGCGAUUUUACGUAGUUUCCCGAUUAACUGUCCGUUUCGCCAGUUUCUCGCUGUUGGCGUGGGUAAAACUCGAUAAAAGUCAGCGACACGCUUUGGAGCACUCGGGAGGAAGAUGAAGCGAUGGCAGGUGUCGUGAGAAGGAAGGGAACGAGUGCUCUCGUGACGCUUCUAGGAUGCUUACUAUUUUCCUGUGCUUACGCGCAAGAAGAUAAUGGCGAAAAAUAUAAGGGAAAAUAUCUGGGAAAAUUAAAUCCAUAUCAUCAUCAAGUUUCGGGAGAUGUCUGGGCUGUGGACCAGUACACCUUGCUGCUGACGUCCUUUAAUUAUGAUGGUAAUGGGGCCGACACGUUCUUCUGGGCAGGCGCAUCGAACAGGCCAGGUCCGCAAGGAUUUAUCGUUCCCGACGAGUGGGGCAAAACAAACGUAUUGGAUCGAUACUUCAACAAGGACUUUACAUUGACCCUGCCAGAUAACAAGAAAAUUACAGAUAUCAAAUGGUUUGCAGUGUACGAUUUAGCAAGUCAGAACACCUUCGGCGAUGUCUACAUUCCGGAGGAGUUUGAUCCGCCCACGCCUCAGAAAAUAUCACAGCUAUCGAAAAGAUCUCACAAUGUUUCGUCGGAAUCCAUCGUGAUUCUGGACUCGAAAACUAUCAGCAUCCCGCAAUUCAUCUAUGACGGACAAGGUGCGGACACGUACUUUUGGGUCGGUCUUGGUCCGCAACCAUCCAGCAAGGGUCAAAAAGUACCCGAUGAAUACGGAUACAUGGAUUCUCUUAGGUCAUAUAAUAAUGAGGACAUCAUACUGGAGCUGCCAGGUGAUAAGACCAUCUUCAACAUAGACUGGCUGAGUGUUUUCGAUAUAAAGACUAAAUCCAAUUACGGUUCUGUCAUUAUACCCGACGGACUCAACGUACCGCCGUCGUUGAUAAAAGUUCUUAAGCAAACCCAGCCCCUUCCGAAUUGCGUCCAGUUACACAAACGAUACCAGGUCGCCUGGGAGAUCUUCGGUCCGCAGAUCACUAUUCAGUUAGCAGGUCAAGUCGCCGAAGACGAGUAUAUGGCGUUUGGUUUGUCCGGUUCCGAGAACUCCAGCCGAAUGGAAGGUGCAGACGUGGCCAUCGCGUAUAUGGACGACACGCGAGGAUACGCUACGGACUAUAACAUUACGGCAAAGGCGCCAUGUGGGAAAGUUCUCGGUCAGUACAAAGGAGUAUGCAAAGACGAGUUACUCGGUGGUUUAGAUAGUAACCAGCUCUAUACCACGGUGAGAGAGGACGGCAUCAAUACCAUCACGUACCGACGUACACUUGUUUCAUCCGAUGUUGGAGACAAAGAUUUUCCCACGGAUAAACCAGUGUAUGUGGUCUGGGCCUUGGGCAGGCUCGACAAAACUAAUAACGAACCGAGUUUCCAUGAUGUGUAUCCAAGGAACGACGUGGUGCUCGAGUUGAGUCGCAAGGAGCCAGAGAACACUUGCGUCGAUUUCACCGAGCACAACAAUAAAAUCUCUCCAAGUGAACCUUGGCAGAAAACAGAAAUAUUUGACAGAAGCGUUCGAACUUUCAAAGCAACCAUCGGACCCUCCGGAGGGAAACGAGGGUAUCAAGGAAUCACAGGUGAACCGUCGGUGGGUCUUGCUUGGUACAUCGAAGGCGCGUUAAUACCUGAGUUAUAUCUACGUCGCGGCUUGACAUACAGUUUUCGCGUUCAUGGAGGAAAUAAUCCGCACAGCGCAGAUCUCUAUCAUCCUUUAAUAAUAACCGAUGAGCCCCAUGGGGGAUACGACACGCUCAGCGAUCUUGCGCAAAGUAAAAUCAGAGUAUUGGCUGGUGUUGAACUGACCAGAAGAGGUCGACCGCGACCAACGGCGGUUGGGCCGCUUUGCUUAAGUAAACACAAUGGUCGAGACAGAAGAUUGGACGACAGUUUUCCAUCGUUUAAGAAAUUCAACAGAACCCUCUUGCAAAUUUGCGAGCCAGGAGAAGGCGGUACGCUGGUGAUAAAGCCAAAUGAAUCAUGGCCCGACCUCGUUUAUUAUCACUCAUUCACGCACCCGAACAUGGGGUGGAAAAUUCACGUGGUCGAUUCUUACACGAAGAACAACAGUGUAAUCACACAUAAAUUAUCGUUACUCAUUGCAAUCGCGACCCUAUUUCUCAGCUUAUUAUAUAGCCGAGUAUAAAUUGCAGAAAAAUAUUUUCGAAAUAUUAUCAAAUAUUUGUCUGCAAUUUAUUUAAAUAGUUUACAUAAGGAUGUGCUAAAUUAUUUUGCAAUACAACAUGCGUAAUAUCAAUGAAAGACACUAAAUCAUACUGUUGCGUUGGUUUUAUUGGAGAAUUAAGAAACUAAUACAAUAGUUCCUAGCUCUGCAUUCCCUACAGAUUUGUAAGAUUUAAUAACAGAAAAGAUCAAUUUUAUAUACGCUCUUUCCGUCUCUAUGAAAGAAAUAUUAAUUUAUAUUCUAUUUAAAGAAACAUUAAUUUAUAUUAUAAAAACAAAGGCAACCGGAUAAAAUAAAAGGAUGUUAAACGCCUUCAAGUUGUUGCAAUAACUUUUUAUUUCGUAUAUCGUUAAUUCUAAGUCUAAUAGGAUAUCGUGAGCAUAUAAAAGACAACAUACAUUACGCAAUGCGUCACGUUCGUGAAGUAUCGAACAGUGAGAUGAGUGAGAAAAUCGAUGUGAAUAUAUUUCUAAUAUUUACGUGCUUAAAUAAAGUGCCAAUUGUAAUGAUUCAAAUAUUUUUUUGACUGCUUUGCAAAAGUUUUACAGAUAGAGAUCGUAUUGAGAUAUACACAUCAUUUACUUUAAUCGUUUAUUUAUAUAACGCAGUAUGUUCUUAAUUUUACAUUAAUUAGUAUUCUCGCACAUAUUGCAUAAUUAUAUACUGUAAUAUCUUAUUUUUUAAAUCAAAUAUUUGAGUUUCACAUGUGAAAUGUGUGUUUCAUAGUAUGGCUAAAACACGUUCUUGUGCAAAAAAAUAUCAAUAAAGAUCGUUGUUAUUUUUAUCUCA